UUGUUGUGUGCAGCACUGACGGCGUUGGUAUUAGCCACAACUUCAGCAUCCCAAGUUGAUAGUCCACCAUACUGUGCAUCCCGGUUCGACGGCGUCCGCGCCUCGGAAAUGACGCAGGAGCAGAGUCUGCUCUAUCGUCUCAUGCGGAACUAUGACCGGGCGUCUAGACCGGUGUUCGACGCCUCUAAACCGGUCAAUAUUAAAGUCGGUAUAUCGCUGACCCAGAUCCUUGAUAUUGACGAGAAAAACCAGGUUUUAACGAUCAACGUUUGGCUUGACCAGGACUGGAACGAUGAGCGCCUGGUGUGGUGGAAUAUGUCAGAGUUCUCGAGCAUCAAGAAACUGCGAAUACCAUGUGAUCUGAUCUGGUUACCGGACAUAGUUCUUUAUAACAGUGUUGACAGUCACAAAGAAUACAUGAAAGCCUUGGCAAUGGUCGACAACGACGGUCACGUGUUCUGGCCACCUAUUGUACGCAUGCGCAGUUCGUGUAAAAUGGAUAUCACAUUUUUCCCGUUCGAUGACCAAGUGUGUCAUUUGAAACUUGGAUCGUGGGCAUACGACGGCUUUCAGGUAGAUGUUUCAAACAGAACCAUGGAGAUAGAUCUCACCAAUUUCGUCGACAACGGGGAAUGGACGCUUGUGGACACACGUGUUGUACGGAACGUUAUAUACUACCCAUGUUGCCCUGAACCAUUCCCUGACGUUACGUUUUAUAUACAGCUUCGCAGACGGGUGUUAUACUACUUGCUCAACGUCAUCAUACCUUGCAUGCUGCUAUCCAUGCUGACCCUUGCAAGCUUCUGCUUGCCGCCAGACAGCGGCGAGAAGGUGACGUUAGGACUGACGGUGCUACUGGCGUUCUCUGUUUUCAUGCUGCUGGUGGCGGAGAAUAUGCCGCCAACGUCUGAAUACGUGCCGCUGAUUGGUGUCUACUUGACUAUUAUUAUGGGGAUGAGCGCUCUGUCUGUCGUCUUCUCUGUCUUUGUGUUGAACUUUCACCACAAGACGUCAAUUAAAAAUCCACCACCUCGGUGGGCGAAAAAGAUGGCUGCCGUAGCAGCAGCAGUGACUUUCUCAAAAGCCACAUUUUGUACUAGUAAAAUGUCAACCAAAUCAUCGAAACCUACUCAGUCCGAUCAAAUGACAAAGGAGCAAAAAUAUUCUACAGCGUUUCAUACUGAACCGAAAGCUGCAGACUGUACUGAGUCAGAAGCAUGCCAAAGCUUGCUGAGUGAUGUGCAAUCGCCUUUGCGCUGUGGAUCAAAUCCACGCAAUGGAGGAUUUUUGAACGGAGAGUCCAGAGAUCCGAAUGGUCGGACAAGUUCAAUAGUGGAAAGGGUGAUCAUUGAUUAUGUCAGUAAAGUGAUAGCUGGAUACGAUCGGCAAUCUUUAGAAUCGGAAACAUUGAACGAUUGGAAGGAGGUGGCCAGAAUCAUUGACCGAGUUUUGUUUGUACUGUUUUUCUUGGUGACGGUGGUUUCCACUGUGGUCACGUUAAUAUUUAUGCCGACAUUGAAGAAUACAACCAUUGACGACUAUAUUGCCAAAAGAUUGAAGUAAGACAAUUGUUUACAUGUUCAUUUAUUUUGUGCUAGUGUUUGAAAUCGAGAAUAAAAGCGUAGUGUGCAGGUCUGAAAUGCUGCAGGUAAGUUGUUAUGCCACACAUCACGAUAUAUAGAGUUUGUUGCGCUGGACCCGCAGUAACACAUGUAUAACUAAAUAUUGUGCAUGUUAGUCAAAGCGACUGGACAACACCAAGGAUUUGAAAUCAUAGUCAUAUAAUUAUAAUAAAAUGAAAUAUUAAUUACGCAGUUUUGUGUGUGUAUGUAAUGUACAUUUAAAAUGGUUUUUUUGUUGAGAAUGCGUAUGUUCACGUUCAUAUAACGUGUUUGA